AAAUCCGAUGCACAUACAAUACGCAUGAGAGGAAUUGGUAGCAAAGCAUGGGGGAAAUGAUGCUGCAGUGGAGUGCGAUUCGAUCCAUAAUCGCCAUCCUUCAAUGGUGGUUCUUCAAUGUCGCAGUAAUCAUCAUGAACAAGUGGAUCUUCCAGAAGCUGGAUUUUAAGUUUCCUCUCACAGUAUCUUGCACACACUUUAUUUGCUCGGCUAUCGGGGCAUAUUUAGUAAUUAAAGUCCUAAAGCUAAAGCCACUUAUUGUUGUUGACCCUGAGGAUCGCUGGAGAAGGAUUUUUCCCAUGUCAGUUGUGUUCUGUAUCAACAUUGUCUUGGGGAAUGUGAGUUUGAGAUACAUUCCUGUUUCCUUUAUGCAAACCAUAAAGUCAUUUACCCCUGCAACAACAGUCAUUUUGCAGUGGCUAGUAUGGGGAAAACACUUUGACAGGAGAAUCUGGGCUUCUUUGAUUCCUAUUGUUGGAGGAAUUCUCCUAACUUCUAUCACUGAGCUUAGUUUCAACGUAUUUGGGUUUUGUGCUGCAUUAGUUGGCUGUCUUGCUACUUCUACCAAAACUAUUCUAGCAGAGUCAUUGCUGCAUGGCUACAAGUUUGACAGCAUAAAUACGGUAUUCUACAUGGCUCCUUUUGCUACCAUGAUCUUGGCAUUACCAGCCUUACUAUUAGAAGGACCGGGGGUUAUUGGAUGGUUAAACACUCACCCCUCGCUUUUUUCAUCGUCUGUUAUCAUAUUUGGCUCCGGUGUGCUGGCAUUUUGUCUGAAUUUCUCCAUCUUCUAUGUCAUCCACUCUACAACUGCUGUCACUUUUAAUGUUGCAGGAAACCUCAAGGUCGCAGUUGCUGUUACUUGUUCAUGGUUGAUAUUCAGAAACCCCAUCUCAGCCUUGAAUGCCAUUGGUUGCGCAAUAACACUUGUCGGAUGUACUUUCUAUGGGUACGUGAGGCAGAUGAUCUCACAACAACCACAGGAAACACCGCGUACUCCGCGAACCCCAAGGAGCAAGUUGGAAUCGAUCCCCCUGGUAGUUGAGAAACCAGACAGUAACAAAGACUAAAUGUAAUAAUUUUAGGUCGAUUUUUGGAAUGGCAACUCACCUAGAAGGAGAGUACUACCUUUUUCCCUGUAAUAAUAAUAAUCAUAUAACAAUUCUUAAGUAGGUUAAUUUGUGAGCAUAGUAUUCUGUUUGAAGGUAUUGUUUUUUUGUUUGCUCUGUUUUUUUUAUUGAAGUUAAUAUAUGUGCCUUAAGCACCUUUUAGGCUUUUACAAGAGGAGGAAGU